GACAUUUGAAUGUGUGCAUCGGAGCAGAAGAGCUUCUAUCCCCGUCUACAUGACUUACACACGUUUCUAUCUAAUAUAAGUAUAGCAAACUUCGCGAUACAGUCCAGGGCAAUGGGCAUUCAAUAUUAAAACUAGAGCGAUCACGGGCAGCGUUUGAUCGUGUACCAAUACAUUCGGGAGCGUGCUAACUAUACUAAGUAUACGUAGAAUCUAUGACCUGAAAGUACGGUAAGAGACCGGGUGGAGAGUGCGUGGUAGUACAAUUGAAGGUUCGGCCGAAGGCCCUACUAGAAUGUCAGAAACCGCCAUAAGACCCAAGAAAGAACAGAACAUGAGAGACAGCGAGUUCGAGUAGCAAAUUGAAAUAGCUGAUGCCGAUAAAUUAGAGACGAAAGCGGUCGAUCACGAAGAAGUCGAAGAGGAUCAGCCUUUCAUCCGAAUCGGGGACUUCGUUCCACCCGCGCCAGCGUCCCCUUCGGAAGCAGCUGCGCGUCCUCUAAACUUCGGACAAUUAUCAUUGUCCAAUCCUGGCAAUUUGACUCCCCUACUCCACGCUUUCGAUUUUUUGUGUUGACAAGGUCAGUGGCUGACUCGCUGUACAUCUCCAUCGCGCCAACCACGCUAUCGGGAACCUCGCCUAGCAAGAGUUUCCCUUCGUAUGAUUGGGCUCCGUGUGUGCCAGUAAGAUGUACGCGGCGGACCACGCUUGGUUGGAAUUGGCCCAUGCCGCUGCCAUCUCCCAACAUCUAGGGACAUCGUUCCAUCAAUGCGGACAACAACUGAAGCGAGAUAAAAUACGCACCUGAUAAACGGUCGCAUAAGCGCGUUCAUUCACUUCGUAAGUGAUAGCCAAAGCCCAGUGCUUUGGUGCCAUUUUUGAGCUGGCGUGGUACCAUACAAGCCAGAGAUAAGCAGCCAUAGUAGAAUGGCGGUGAUGGUCGCGGGUCCCGAGAGCAUAAUGGGUCUGAACGAUUGCGGGCGACAUUAAAGCAGUGUGCGGUCUUUGGAGUGCAGCUGAGGUCUUUGGAUGGGACGAGUGCGAGUGGAAGAGAAAGAAACAUACCGUCCAGAUUUAUAUAAGGGAGGUAACAAGGUGCACGCAGCAGGCUAGAUGCAUGAAAUGAAUUGCUACUGGAGCAAAGAUGCAUCCAGAGAUGCUCGAUCAAACACAGGAGGUGAGAGCUUUUGCCCGCAGAGCCGAGCGAGAAGUUAAGGGACGCCGAACAUGCUGGGACGGCACGGGGCUAGAAAAGGCCUGCGAUGAAGCCGAGCUCGGAUGGUUGCCCUCUACCAAUGCCAUGCCUGCCAUUGUCUGCCCCUGUUCGAUGCUUACUCGUGCCUUUUAAUCAUAGCUUUCCACGUGGCAGUGUUCUACUUUCUGCUUCCUCGGACCUUCCUUUUUCGUAUUUUCUCAAGUUCGAUCAAAGCGCUUAUGCCAGAAAGUGCUCACUUCGAUUUGACUUCGGCGCCGACGUGUUUAAUCCAUGGCGGACUCUGCCUUGGAGCUCAUACGGGCUCUCAAAGCUUCCUCAGAUCCGCCAAGUCUAAAUGGACCCUCCAAGAUUCAGCUCGCUCAGGAUGGAUGGAACAACGCGUCACUGUAUAUGCCCAAUAAGGCGGAAACCGUUCUGGAAUGGCUCUUGACACGGUUAUUGAAGGACAAGAACAAGGAUGUCUCCACAAAUCCUAUGGCGGAUGUUCGCUACUGGAAAUUGCUCAAUGAUAUUCUGACUUCGGCCUUUCCGCCCUCAAGCAACACCUUCAGCAACCCCGCUAGAAUUUGGAUGGUACCUCUGCUGAACCGUGUACCACUUGCACCCAUGAUCGUUGCAUUCCUUAACCUAUGCGCAACUAACCCUGAAUCGGCUGACCGACUACACCUGACGUCUCUGGGUCUACGAUCGUUCUCCAUUUUGUGGCCUCUCGCUGCACCAAAGUUCACUCAGGACGCUCUAUUGGACUGUGUUGGGGCGCUGCUCGAGUAUCUCUCAGUUCUGUCUUGUAAACCUUUGCUUGAGGGGGAUGAGCACAGGACGGCUUUGGCGAACUUUGUGCUCUCGAUAUCCUCCUCUUAUAGGGAAUCAUUGGGGAAUGCCGCGCACAAGAAGAAGAUUUGCUCUAGUUUCAUGCAGCAUCACUUACGCCAUUGGUUAACGUGUGUUUCGCUCCAGUCAGGCGACCUUCAAGAUGAUGAAGUUUUAUCUUCCAUCUACGAUAUCGGGGUGGACACCAUUUUCAAUGUUGACGUCUUGCGGGUUGCCUACGAACAACAAGCACAGACAUCCCUUGACAGCUCCUUGGCAGGAUUGAUGUCCCAAGUCCCAAGUAUUGUCCUUAUCUGCUUGCCUCGGUUGUUCAAGUCCUACAUCGAUAUCAGCAAGAAGCAUCGAAGUGCACUGUUUGGCCAAGGAUCUAAGAACAUCGGCAUUACUGCUGCUGAGCAAGCUCGGGCCGCAUCCAUGAGAUUUUUUGCAACAUGCGACGGUCUUCUGCGUUCUACCACCAACGAAGAAGUCUGGCGCACAAGGCUGGCCUUGCUUACUAUCGUUGAUCAGGAAGAUCUUCUGAGCGUCAGCGAUGACAUGUCUGCGGAUGUUUUGCGACAGAUUGGGGAGCUGAGUAUUGACUCGUUAUCGGACGCGUUCCAAGCUGGCCAAUCAGAGAUGAUAUGUGUUCUGCUCGACACUUUGUCUGCUCUAUCGCACAUCGACUAUGAUUUGGUACCCGGUGCACUCUCGCGAAUCCUUCCUAUAAUUAGCCUGGUUCCCAAUGCCAUGCAGUCCGCCAUACCCUACCUUGGUCAGCUUCUCAGCUAUCACAUAAAAACACGUACUGUGGAUACGUUUACUCAGGCUAUCCUGACGUCCUUCACAAAGUUGCCCGCGACAACACCGACUCCGCAAAAUACAUAUCAGAAUGCUUCGUCCAGUGCCGUCCUCAAUCACAGGUUCCUCGACCAGCUUUCAAAGGCGGUGCAUGGGUUCCUUACCCCCGGACAGGUGCCCGACUUGACCCAAAGUAUUCUUCGUCAGUUACAGUCUAGUUUAGAAGACUUUGAGGAGAGAGCUUCCAGAACGAGUAAAAACGACGAAGGGCCAAGGAAGAAACGAAAACGCGAGAGGCAGUCGUUGUCCGCCAGUGAUACAGAUCCUGACCAUGCAGCUGUCGUUUUCGCCCUCAUGACAAGCGUCGCUGCCGUGGCGUUGACUGCUCUUCCUUUCAAUACGGUUUUGGAGGAAGUGCAGCAGUCUGUUCGCAGUGAGAUCCAGGAGUUCUACUCGAAGAGCGUCCGCGGAAAGCUCAAGAAAGCACUCAAAGCCUGCCUUAAUGAUACCUCUAAUGUAUGGGGAUGGCAGCUAGUAGCUAUCUCUGCAUUGCGGCUCCGAUAUUACUUGAUAAACUCCUCCCUUGUUGCUGACAAUGACACCAAGACCCCGUCGAAGCUGUUGUCGUUGUUGAAGUUGGAUGACAUUCUUCCUGAGUUACGAGUGGAAAUUUAUCGCACUCUUCUUCAUGAAGCAAACGUCGGCAGAUUUGCCGCCACGACCGUCUUUGAAGAUAUUCUACAAGCGAUCGAGAAAAUAGGUCCAACGAACAAAGCUGCGUGGACUGGCGAGUUACAUCGACUCAGUGUGGACGAACGCAGCUCUGAUAUAUCAGUUGCUGGACUUCAUCUACUUCUUGACCGUUGGCUGCCUACCCUUGAUACUCUCGUGACACCGGACCAGCUCAAGCGGCUGGCCGAAUUGAUGCUCGCCGUUUUACCUCAGGAAUCGGGUAGCCCUUCACGGAGAUCGCAGGAUGCACUCUCCUUGUCCUCGUUGUUUGCCAAGACCCUUCGGAAUGCACAGUUCUGGGAGAUGCAGAAUUUCAGAAGUGCCAUUGUAUCACUCAUCAACGAGCAUACUGCUUCAAUGGAUAACGUUCAGGUCCAGGACAUCUUGCAACAGCUGUUAUCCGGACAACAAUUUGGGAAAGGGCCAAACGAAGAGGGGUCUUUGCAGGCGGUUUACGACCUUCUGCUUUAUGCCCCUACCGAGUUCCUCCCCCGAAGUGUCCGUACCGAUCUUCUCAAACGCGCAUUGGCGGCCGACGUCACGAUAGGCAUUUCUGUUAAAGGCCGAGACCUGCAGCCUGAACAGCAACAACGUUUGAUUACGCUACGGGAAUUCAUGCGUCGAGUUUUCUUCCAUGUUGGGACUGUUGAGCAUAGUGCAAUCCAAGAAUAUGUGAUAUAUUUAAUGGAUCCACCAUUCUCGCUCACAGACGAUUCGUCCACUUUUAAGCAUAUCACACUUGACCUGAUAGAAAUGCACUUCAGAUCACUGCUCUCGUCUGCAGAGAAGGAUAAACACGCUGGAAUAGCGAAGAUCCUGGAGUCAUUCAUCCACUCGGCGGCGAUCAAUGCUGCUUCCAAUCAAAGUUCUUCUAUUUCAAGUCUUCGAGAGCAGAGCUUGGUUCUCUUGAUCGAUUCCAUUGUUGACGGGUACAAGCUAGCAAACUUUCAAGAAGAGGUCAUUCAGAGUUUGCGUAAUCUGUGGGAGCACGUCUUCUCACUCAUACUCUCCCGGAUGUCGGCGUUGGUGUCUCAAGAAACGAAGGAGACUGACUUGUUAUCGGCUGGGCCAGUGCUCAACCUUUGGUGUCGUCUACUGAUAUUCCGAAGAUGGCUCACAAUAGAAGGUUUCUCGAUCCCAAUGUUCGGACAAGAACUCGCACGGAAAUUCCUUUCUUUGAAAUCCGACGCCGCUCAAGAUUCUUCAGCAUUACCUCAUUCCAUCCUUGCUAUAGCAUUGGAGGAGCUUCAUACUGGAAAACAACAUGGUGAACAACUCCAAUUCGUUGUGGCAAUCUACCUUGCGUUCUGUGUAAGGUCCAAUUCUAUUUGCCGUAAAGAUUUGGAUGAUUGCAUCAUUUCGGCAUGCAAAAAGCUCACCGUCCAGGACUUCUCUGGUGUCCUCAAUCUAGUGAUCGACGGUCUAACAAAGCAAGGUCUCGAAAAGACCUCUUUGGGCGAUCUUAUUCAUUUGUCUGGGGUUUUGGUACAUAAUGCACCCGAAGGUACCUUGAAGGUCACACAAGAGUAUGUCACCCGCAGCCUUAGCCUCUUCGUCAACGUUCCCUUGUACACUGAAAAUACCGAACUUGCCAAUUGUGCACUCAACUUUGUCGCGAAAUACUUCAACGACCGGGUAUGCAUUAGGGCUUUGCGAGCUGAGCUCACAUACUUACUUAGACUUUCAGCCUGCAGCGAUACGGUCGUCGCAAGUCUCUUUGGCUUGGGCACUAUUAGGAAGCUCUCUAGCUGGGUCGGCUGCACAUGACGAUAGGACGCAACGCGAAAUAUUCCACAUUAUCGUCUCUAUCCUCAGCGCACUCGUACGCCUGCGUCGGGAUCUCGUCCUAUCUACACUUCCUCUGCUGUGUAUCAUGCUAAGUCGUCUGGUCGUAUACCUAAAGACCAUGGUUCCGAAUCUGGGAGCUCGACAAACUAGAAUGGUUUCAAACACCCUUCCCCGAUGGAUCGACGUCAAAGAUCCCCUUGGUGCUGAGGAGAGCAGGGCUCUAGCACGAUUGUUCACGACACUCACCACCAAGACCAUCAUUCGAACCCACAAUGUGCCCUCCACAGAGACACAAAAAGCGGACUCACUUGCGCGUCCGCUAUCAAAACACAUCUUCGUUGUUUUGAAGGUUUACGUGGAUAUCCUUAAUGAUCCCCUCUGCUUUCUGCCUUCCGAAGUGCGUAAAGAGCUUGAACCUGGGCUCUUCGCGCUGUGCGAAAUCAUCAGCGAACAAUACCGAGACGCGAUGAUGGUCACGCUCGACACUGGUGGACAGGCCGUCAUGAAAUCAUUGUGGCGGGAGUACGAGAAGCAGCGGUAUGUCGGGAAAGGUUAACCAAAAACAUGAAAUCCUAGUGCUGCGAGAUACAUUUGUGUAUGGGUACGGAUACAUCUAAUAUGAUAGGUCUAACAAAUCAC